CCGUGUCCCACCGGUGACGAGCACGCAAAGAGCUACAUAUAAAUCAAAACAGGACGAUUCAUCGCAAAAUCUUCCCCCAUUUUUAGCCGGAGCUCCAGAAAUCCUUCCGCUACCCACCACCCCUUUUCGCGAAUUUCUUCCAUUUCCAACUCACAUUUGUUCUUUCUUCGUUCUCCCAGAUUUCCCCAAUCUGGUUGUUUCCCGUCCGGGAUGAAGCAAGUCAAUUCACGGAUAUAGGGUUGUUGAUUCUUUUUCAAAGAGAAUUUCGAAUGGCGUCUUCAAGGUCCCCGAAUGGAUCGUCCGAUAAUAUCGUCGAUAGCACUCCAUUGAUGGGGAAUCCAAACCGGUCGUUGGAAGAUGGGCAUUCAGGUCGGCGAUUUGUGCAGAGGCAAAGUCUGCGUCAGGCGGCUAGGUUUCUGCGGCAGGCGACUAGUCGGAGGGCGUUGCGCGAGCCGUCUUUGUUGGUUCGAGAGACGGCUGCGGAGCAAUUGGAGGAGCGGCAGAACGAUUGGGCGUGUUCUAAGCCGGUUGUUAUCCUUGACAUCUUGUGGAAUUUCGCUUUUGUUGUUGUUGCUGCUACCGUUUUGCUUCUGAGCCGCAGGGAUUCUCCUACAAAGCCUUUGAGGCUAUGGAUUCUGGGGUAUGCGCUCCAAUGCAUUCUCCAUAUGGUGAGUGUUUGUGUUGAGUAUUAUCGGCGCCUACAGCGACGAUUCUUGGCGUUUAACUCGACGGAUGAAGGAAAUUCUGCGCGCGGGAUUUCGGGUUUGGGGCCGAGAGGAAAUUCGAGCCAUUAUCCAUCACUGGCACAGUUGGAUGAUAAUGAUACCAGUGUAGCAAAGCACCUUGAAUCUGCAAAUACAAUGUUUUCAUUCAUCUGGUGGAUUAUUGGAUUCUACUGGGUAUCUGCAGGAGGCCGAUCUUUAGCGCACGCCUCCCCUCUGCUUUUCUGGUUAUGUAUCAUAUUCUUGGGCUUUGAUGUGUUCUUUGUGGUUUUAUGUGUUGCUUUGGCAUGUAUCAUUGGGAUUGCUGUUUGCUGCUGUCUUCCCUGUAUCAUUGCACUUUUAUAUGCUGUAGCAGACCAGGAAGGGGCAACCAAAGAAGACAUUGAACAGUUGUCGAAAUUUAAAUUCAGAAAGCUCGACGAUGCCGAGAAAUUCUCUGCUGAUUUACACGAACCUCUCGGUGGUAUAAUGACCGAGUGUGGUACAGAUUCACCCAUCGAACACGCCCUCUCACAGGAGGAUGCGGAGUGCUGUAUCUGCCUUUCUGCAUACGACGAUGGCGUCGAGCUACAAGAGCUCCCAUGUGGUCACCAUUUCCACUGUUCCUGCGUCGAUAAGUGGCUGUAUAUUAACGCUACAUGUCCUCUCUGCAAGUAUAACAUCUUGAAAAAUAGUAAUCUUGCUGAAGAGGAAGUUUGAAAAUACUCCUCGAUUCGAGUGUACGAACGUUUAUAUGUGUUGAGUUAUGUUUAUGUUGGUCGUGAAAUAGCCUUUGGCUGCAGUUGUUAGUGUUGUGAUCGUUGUGUAUAUUAUUCUUUGUUGCUCUGCUCAGGUUGCUUGUGUAAAUGGCGAUGUGAAGGUCCUGACUAUUGCUCAA